AUAUGGCCUAAGUUAGUUACUGUCAUGGUUAAAAUGCAUGUAACACUGGAAUCACUUGAAGGUUUAAUUGAAGUUAAUAAUGUGUUUUAUUUGUGUUUGUUAGUGUAUAAAGCAAGAUGAAGUUUUGCGAAACGUCAUCAAAUAUAAAAUACAAGUGGGAUCACUUAUGUUCGAUGUUUUACAAGCGAUAUCCUAACCCUUACAGUAAACACGUACUGUCAGAAGACGUUCUUUCAAGGCACGUUGAAAAUAACAUUUUAAAAACGAUUCGAAUAUAUUCAAAAACCAACGAGACACCUUCCUGGUUGCAAAGAAUUUUACCUACAGCAACUGCGUACAUUCUGGAAGAAUCGCAUGUUGAUAUUGAAACAAAGACCAUUGUUACCUAUACGAAGAAUUUAACCCUAACAACUUUUUUAAAGGUGGAAGAAAAAUCUAUUUUUAAAAUAUCCAAUGAUAAUAAGGACUGGACGUCAGUUAGGAGACAAUCUUGGAUUAGCAGUAGUUUUUAUGGACUGUGCCAUGCGUUUGAAUCGUUUGGUGCUAAGCGAUAUAUUUCUAACAUUCAAAGAAUGGAUAAUGGUUUUGAAAGUGUACUACAGAAAAACAAUCAUUACUCAACAGGACAAUCAACUUUUCCAUUACCAAUAUCUAGUAAUAUGUAAAAUAUUGUUAUAUUGAAGAAUUGUUUCUAUGUA